GUUAGCAUCAGAUUUAUACCCGUAUUACUGUGUGCUUAUUAGAUUUGUCAGUUUAAUUUCGUAGAACUCAAAAUGUCUGAUACGGAUACAGCUGAUGAAGUUGUUGAUAUUAGCUGCACACCGCCUAAAAAAAGAGCUAAAAGGCUUCAUUUUAGCGUUAGCGAAAAACAAAUCAUUCUCAACAUUUAUAAACACGAAAUGCACGGAAGCAGUGACUCAAGUGUUCAGGACAUUGUUUGCAAAGUAGCAAGUAUUUCGGGCGUUAGUCGUGCAAGUGUUUACCGAAUUGUUCGGGAAUACAGAUCUAACCAUUCACUGGUCGACCCAAAAAAUUAUCCGCCGAGAAAAAAAAUCAACGAUGCCAUAGACGACUUCGACAGAAUCGCCAUAAGGAGAAUUGUACAUAAUUUAAAGAGGAUAAUGACUCGCCAAGGUUCAAGAGAUCUACCUUCUAAUUAUUCAAAGAAAUGGGGUUCCAAUACAAAAGCGGGAAAAAAGACGAAACAGUUAUCUGGAGAAGGAACUAUCUAAGUCAAAUGAGAAAAUUUCACGCAGAAGAUAGGAAAAUAUACUACCAAGAUGAAACAUGGGUGAAUGCAGAACAUGCACUGGCAAAGGUUUGGAUGGAUUCUUCCAUGAAAUCUUCAAAGCAAGCGUUCUUGAAUGGACUAUCCACUGGAUUAAAAAAUCCCUUAGGAAAAAGGGGAUUGAUAAUUUGCCACAUCGGUAAUGAAGAUGGAUUUGUGUCCGAUGCUUUAUGAGCAUUUGAAUCCAAAAAACGGAAGACUACCAUGAAGAAAUAGUUGGAGCCUCGUUCGAAAAUUGGUUCUCAAAUACUCUAUCGAAGCUUGAAGAUAGUUCGGUUAUAGUAUCUUCGAAGUUGAGUCAUUUAUUUUAACAGUAUACAUACAUAUGUACAGGAUCAGUUAAUACGUAAUUUAGUGUUUGGAUGGCUAGAAGGCAAACAUUAUAGGUCAGCUUUGCUUUGACAUUAUGAAUAAAUACUAUUGCCAAAGGCGAUGUAAAAUAAGUGAAAGGUAUCCGCAAUUCACGUUUGACUGUUUUUCUGUUCUGUAACCUUUCCUUCUAGAUUCACUUUCACAGAAAGAUGAAUUACAAAAAUCUAUCAUAUUUAUUAUUAGCC